GUCAGUCAUAACUAUCACAGUAGCAAUAAUGUUUGAAUAUUUCUCAUUGUCAGCAAUUGUGUUUGUUAGCGUUUUAUGCUUCUCACAAGCGAUUGACGACGAGCCAAUAUUUUCUAAAUUUAAGAAUGACAAACAAAUGCUAGAGACAAUUUUAAGAAUGGAAGCAAAAAUGGAUCAGUGGGAUAAAGAAAGAAAAUUCUUCGAGGAGAAUGUGCUUGCUAUAUUGGAACAUCGUAGACGGGAAAUGCAAGAGAAGUUUUUAAAACAAGAUGAAAAGCUGGAAAACAUAUUUGAAGACUUCAAAGGCAUCAGUGGCGACCGACAAAUUUGGACAUUACAACUUGAAAAUAUUACUGGUUCUGUCAUCACCACACCAAAGAUUGCAUUCAAUGCAUACACAAUCUCAAGUAGAAGCUAUGAUAUUAACUCACCGGUCAAGUUUCCAAACGUUUUGUUAGAUAUUGGCGACGGAUAUGACAAAUCAACUGGAAUCUUUACAGCACCUGUAGCCGGUCUUUACUUCUUCAGUGCCCACAUCUGUAAUUAUGAUAAAGGAUACAUGAUAAUCUCUAUUAUCCAUGAAGUAACUGCAGUCGCUACAUCAACAGAAGACGAAAUUUGUAGUUCCGUUAGCGCUCCAGCUAUGAUGAAGAUUGGUGAGAAAGUGUCAAUCCAGUAUGUCUAUCAUUCAGGUAACCUCAAAGAAAACACUAUAUACAGAUGGCCAUCAUUUGCUGGUGUUCUUCUUCAUGUCUAGGGCAUUUCGUCUCCUCACAAAAAAGAAACAUAUUCAAUGUGUUGGUUCUUCACAACAAUAUGACAUUAAACGCUUUGAAAAUAAAAAAGAAACGUCUCAUAUUGUAUUUAUCACAUAACACUGUCUCAUUUAAGUUAAUUUUGAAAGUGUUGUAACUUGUAUAAUGAGCAUUGUACUUCUUUAUUCCAAAUAUGUUUGAUUGUAUGUAGACUGCGUGUGAAAUGAAAAUGACGAAUAUUGUAGCAAAAACUGAUUCAUGUGUUUUGGGCCUUGUUAUCUUUGUUAAACUAAAACUUAAAACAAUUCUGUCAAUUAAAAAACAUGAAUAAAUAUAUAAUCUUAAUAUUUGAUUUGUUAUGAAUAUUUAGUUUAUAAACGGAUCAGGAUAUCAAGCACUAUCUCAAAAAUAAUAAGAGAACUGCAAAAGUAUAACCCAUGCCCCUUUGGCAAAAUAUAUAUCUUAUAUGUAUCAUUUUUUACGCAGCAAACGUAAAUAAGCAUUUUAUUGUGCUAAUGCCGAAAUGGAAAUGUA